UGCUCGUCACGCCCACAAGGCGGCUACGUGACGCGUCUCUGCCUCUACGUGUAGUCGUGACGCCGCAUUAUCGCGUGAUGAGACUUCCGGCGUGGAGAUAUUUUGUGAGACGGGAGGAUUUGUAGCCGCGUCCCAUCCCAGAAUGACCAUGGAAAGCAGCGGCGUCCUGCUGGAGUCCAAGUCGUUACCCGGGAAACUUCUGAAUGAAAUGUAUCAGCUGCGAUUACUGGGACAGCUCUGCGACGUGACUGUGCGAGUGGAGCAUCACGGCUCCAAAAUGGACUUCAGCGCCCACAAAUCUGUCCUCGCAGCUUCCAGCAAAUACUUCAAGGAGCUGUUUAUUAACCAGAACAUUCUGGAUUGUCCAAACGCUUAUAUAAACCUCUGCGAAAUGCCCUCGGAGGAUUUUGCCUCUUUCCUUGAUUUCGUGUACACCGCCAAGGUGGAGGUGGAGGAAGAACGGGUGCAGCGAAUGAUGGACGUGGCGGAAAAACUCCGAUGCCCAGAAUUAGCCGAAACCUGUUUCCAGCUAAAAAAGCAGAUGCUCGAGUCCGUGUGGUUAGAUCUCCAGAAUAUCUCUGAGGUGCAAGAAGUGGAAGAAGAUAUAAACACGCUGACGUUAAACCCCCUGACUGGACUACAGGCUCCAGCAGCACCCACACGGGUCACUGACCCCACUCCUCUGUUCAGUGUGGAUCAGGAGUGUGUGGAUCAGGAGUGUGUGGAUCAGGAGUGUAUGGAUACAGCUUUUAUAGCAACUGAAGGAAAUACAGAAAAGAAAAAGGAGGGGCUGAAAAGGUCACAAGCCAAACCAAAACGAUCCACAGGACGGGUGUCUGGUAAAAAAGCUGUGGUAGAGAUCCCUAAAAAGAAAUAUACAAGGAAGCUCCGCGAGCAGCAGAACGUCGCUCAGACUCAGCCAAUGGAAAACAGCGGUGAUGGUGUGCAGCUCUCAAGCAAUAUGGCGGCAGCAGAGGAGCAGAGCGAGGAGAGUGUUAGAGCUGAGAAUGGGGCUGAGGAUGACAGUCACUGUGAGGACAGCGAGAGUUCCAAAAACAGCGACAAUAACGACCAAAGUGCCGCCGCGGUGUCCUGUCCCGUGUGUGGAAAGACAUUUGCCGAUGAAAAAAGUUUCCUGAAACACUCGAGACAGGAUCACUUGGACUCAGAGACUGUGUAUCGAUGCGACGUCUGCGGCCAGACGUUUGCCAACGGCUGCAACCUGAAGAGUCACCAGCGACACGUUCACAGCAACGAGCGGCGCUUCCCCUGCGAGAUGUGCGGAAAAAAGUUCAAGCGGAAAAAAGACAUCAAGCGCCACGUCAUCCAGGUCCACGAGGGCGGGCGGGAGAGACAUUAUUGUAAGCUCUGUGGGAAAGGGUUAAGCUCAAAGACAUCACUGAGUCUCCAUGAGAGAACACACACAGGCGACAAGCCUUUCAGCUGCACACACUGCCAAGCCAAGUUCUCUCAGACAUCUGCCCUCAAAACACAUUUAAGAACUCACACUGGAGAGAAGCCGUUUGUUUGUGAUGAAUGUGAUGCCAGAUUCACACAGAACCACAUGCUCAUCUACCACAAAAGGUGCCACACAGGAGAAAAGCCUUUUAUGUGUGAAACCUGCGGGAAGAGUUUUGCCUCCAAAGAAUAUUUAAAGCAUCACAAUCGUAUCCACACCGGCUCCAAACCAUUUAAAUGUGAUUUCUGCUGUAGAACAUUUGCACAAAGGAAUUCCCUUUACCAGCACAUUAAGGUCCACACAGGAGAACGGCCGUAUUGCUGUGACCAGUGCGGAAAGCAGUUCACCCAACUGAACGCAUUACAGCGACACCAUCGCAUCCACACCGGAGAAAAACCAUUCAUGUGUAACGCAUGCCAGCGCACCUUCACUGAUCAGUCCACUCUGCGCAGACACACUUCAAUCCAUGACAAAAACACGCCAUGGAAGUCAUUCCUGGUAGUUCUGGACUCUAAAGAGGAAGGACAGAAAUGUGAGCAGACUGAGGAAGGUCCAGAGGACUUGCCUAACCCCGGAGCAGAGAAAGGAACUUACUCAGAGAACAGCCAUUAUCACAAUUUGACUGUGGUUCCUGGAACAAUUGAUUUGUUGCCCGAAAAUAGCUCGACCUCUCUGAUUGGCUGCAAGCCGGACUGCGCCAUUAUACCUCAAGAAGUCUUCAUCGCUACCACCUUAAACCACCUGACUGUUCUUCAUGCGCAGGGAGAAGCCAUUCAGGCUGUCGUAAAUCUCCAGUAGUUCUGCGGCUCCUUCCACCAUUCCCAAUUAGUCCGACCAAAUUCCCCAAAUGCAAUCUCUUCUUGCGUUUCAAUGGAAACAGAUAACUUAUUUGCAGACUGGGUUUGAAUUCUUUUAUGUAUUUCCUGCAUAAAUAAAUUUCUGUUCCAGUC